GGGACUGGUUCUCAGCGCUGGGAACUCUGUGUAAUAGGAUCCGGUUGCCGGGCUGCCGCGGGGAAGCAUUUGGGCGUGGGACCGCGAGAAGCCGCUUGUAAACAGAACCGGGCCGGGAUGGUUGGCGGCCGGAGCGCAGCCGCUGGCGGAAGUUGAAGAUUGGCGUUACAUUGCUUUGGCAAACAGUGCCCUGCUGUCUUCACCGAGAUCUCUAACAAGCCCCUGUGCUUCUCCAGGCAGCCAGAUGAAGAUUGCUUCCUCUCGUCUCCACAGCUGCGCUGCCGAAUCACCUCUCUCUGUCGGCUGAGUGCUCAUGACGCCUUUUCCUUGAAGCAGUUUAGAAGCGUGGACCCUGUGUCAUGGAAGCUUUGGAGGUAGAUGACAUCAGCCCCGCCUUAGAGGUCACUGAGGACUUCUUCAGUACUUUUGACAGUAAGCUGGGAAAGGCUGUACAGCAGGCAGAGGUCUAUGGGGUCCAGGAAGUCCCUGAACUGGUGGGGCACGAGGUACUUGGUAACAUAACAGACAAUGGUGCUUUGCGAAGCGUCGCUUCCCUGGGCAAGGGGACAAUGAUUUGGGACCACUGUAAGAGCAGGCUCCUAGAAACCAAAGCUCAAAAUGUCUUCCCUGCCAAAGAACAGCUUAUGGUCCAGAGAGGGACAGCCCCAGACAAUCUUUCCUGGAUGGAACAGAAGGAAGCAUCAACCUUCAACUUCUUCAACAUUUGUCAGCGUCGGAGGGACAGACCUCGCUCUGUGAAUGACUUAUUGGACGAGACCACGACUUUCAAGCCAGGACAUGCUCGGUCAAGGUCCGAUGUUACCCAUGUUGACUGGCGGGUAGUCCUGAGCACCAUGCCUUUGCAGCAACAGCAGCAGCAGCAGCAGGCGUCCCUUCACGGCCCUCACUUCCCCAGGCCGUCUUUUCUGUUGUCUUCAUCCAAUAAGGUUGAAGAUGCUCAAGGAAAUACAGAACACAAGCAGACAUUCCCAAACAUACUGAAGAAGGGUUAUCUGGAGAUCAGGAAGAACCAUGACAGUUACUGGCAAAGCUGUUAUGCAGAACUCUCACCCUACAACUUAAACUUCUACAGCCUCGAUAGCAGUGGGAAUCAGAACCUUUAUGCCACGUACCAGCUUUCCCACUUCCAGAGCAUAUCUGUUUUAGGCAAUCUGGAGGCCAGGAUGGUAGACACUGUUCUCUACGACAAUUCUCAGCUGCAGCUAAAGGCAGAGUCCCCGUGGGAGGCGUUGGACUGGGGGCAGAAGCUCUGGGAAGUUGUACAUGCUGCUGUGCCCAAUUACAUGGCACGGCAGGAGGAGAAGGCAAACUCUCCAGGACUUGGUCAUCAUGUUGACUGUGCACAGAACCACUGUUUACAGAAGAAAUCUAGUGGGCUGCUGGCCUCCCCUGUCUUGGAUAGCCCCAAACAGUACCAAAACAUCCUGAAAUCAGGGACACUCUACAGACUGACUGUCCAGAACAACUGGAAGGCCUUUACAUUUGUGCUGAGCAAGGCCUACCUUAUGGCUUUCCACCCUGGCAAGCUAGACGAAGAUCCCCUCCUGAGCUACAAUGUAGAUGUGUGUCUGGCUGUGCAGACAGACAACCUGGAUGGUUGUGACUCUUGCUUUCAAGUCAUUUUCCCUCAGGAUGUCCUCCGCCUCCGGGCUGAGACCCGACAGAGGGCUCAGGAAUGGAUGGAGGCUCUGAAGACAGCAGCUAAUGCUGCAAGGAGCUCCGAGCAAAACCUGCAAGUCACACUGAGAAACAAACCCAAGGAUCAGCUCGGUGGCCAUGAACUGCGGAAGAACAAACGCCAGUCCGUGACCACCAGCUUCCUGAGCAUCCUGACUACGCUGUCUUUGGAGCGAGGACUCACUGCUCAGAGUUUCAAAUGUGCAGGGUGCCAGCGACCCAUUGGUCUGUCCAAUGGCAAGGCCAAGGUGUGCAAUUACAGUGGGUGGUACUACUGCAGCAGCUGCCACGUGGACGACAGCUUUCUCAUCCCAGCACGCAUAGUCCACAACUGGGACACCUCAAAAUACAAGGUGUCCAAACAGGCCAAGGAGUUUCUGGAGUACGUGUACGAAGAGCCCCUGAUCGACAUCCAGCAGGAGAACCCAAUGCUCUACCUCCAUGCUGAGCCUCUGGCCACCGUUGCACGGCUGCGGCAGCGGCUGAAGUCACUCCGAGCCUAUUUGUUCAGCUGCAGGGCGGCAGUGGCGGAGGAUCUGCGCCGCAGAAUUUUCCCCAGAGAAUACCUCCUUCAGCAGAUCCACCUGUACUCUCUCGCUGACCUGCAGCAGACAGGUCUUGCUGUGUCACCCAGGAUGAUUUCCGGUCUUCCUGCUUUAGCCUCCAGAGUGCUGGGAUUGCAAGCAUGUACUACAAGCCUAGCUAAUUUUUGUGGAUUUUCUGAAUACUCACUACACAUCCCUGGACGGCAGACUUCUCAGCUGAGAUUUUGCAGUAUUGCCUUAUUCAUCACUGUGACAUAAAUGUCUGUCAGAAGUGUUGUGCAGGAACAGUGUAUCUGGUGGUCCACUUCAGAGGCUCCCUAGAGCUGUAGCUAGUAAGUUCACAAAAAGGCCAUGUCCAAGGCAGUUCAAGGCCAGUCUUUGAAGAUAUGUUUUGCUGAAUUCUUCAAGGAUGUUUGGUGAAUCACUUUGUAUGCUCUGCCCCCACCAAGCAAACAGACUCACAGAGUGUUGUUCUCUGUGGGCACUCUUCACAGAGGCAGUAGACAAAGGAAAGGCCUAAGUGGGCACUCAGGGCAGCUGCCCUUCUGCCAAAGCACUAACAGGUGAUGACCUUUAUUCAAGCAGGAACACAGUGCUUCAGUGCCCACAACCAAGUCACCAAUCCCCGAGCCUCAGGAGGCUGAGGAACUUGUAUUCAAAGCCUCAGCAGCCCUGAUCCCUGCACCAUUGUCCACCCAGGCAUUAUGGGGCAGAAUAACUAAUUAGGAGCAUUCGGACUUAACAAGCAGAAACACAGAGCGUGACAGCUCGCCUGUGUCGCCCCAGCCAGUGCUUGUGUCUGCUGUAGCUACUGUGCCUUCAGACACCCCUGGAUACACUCACUCGGCAAUGUGGCAGGACUGAGCUGUCAUUAAGACAUCAGUAAAUCUGUUAACCGCUCUACAGGGCUGCUCUACACAGUAAAUGAACUAGGGGGAAAACAUAAGGUAUUUGGGAAAAUGCUUUUUAAGCAAAUGAAUAUUUAGAAAAUGAAUAUGCCUACUUUCCUCAAAGGUUUUCAUCUGAGGUGGUGGGAAGGGGUUGAAUGUUACUCUUUGACGGCCCUGUUGCUUGGCAGUCUCAAGGGAGCAGGUGUUUCUUGAGUAGGUGCUGCUCAGACCCCAGGCUGUUCCUGCCCUGUGGAGGGGAAGGGACAGAAUGGUAAGUGCCUUGUACAAGUCCUAGACCAGAACAGCAGGCUGCAGACUGUGCUUCCCGCUCACCACAGUGACUGCGGUUUGGGGAUCUAGGUUUGGUUUGGUAUUGUUUAGUUCAGUUCAGUUUAGUUCUUGACUUUUUUUUUUUUUUUUUUUUUGGUUCUUUUUUUCGGAGCUGGGGACCGAAUCCAGGGCCUUGCGCUUCCUAGGCAAGCGCUCUACCACUGAGCUAAAUCCCCAACCCCCGUUCUUGACUUUUUAAACGCCUUUUUGUGUGGUUUAUUGAUAGGAACCAUUAGCUGACGGGGAUAAAGCAAGUAAAUAACAAGGUCGUUGCACCAUGCCCAACUAUAAUGUGGUUCACAGAUGCAUUUAAGGAGACAGGGAGAGAUGAACAGGAUUGUAGCAGAAAAAUGUUAACAUCCAAGUACAGAGGUAAUGGAUUUUUUUUUAAAAAACCAGCUCAGAAUGAUGACUUUGUGCGAUUUUGGACAGAAAGCCCAUUACCCAGGUGAAGAGAGCUCAGUUGAUGGUCCAGAAGCUACCCAUAUGCCCCUUUGAUACAAGUACCAUUUAAUACUCAAGGAUGCAGCCACAGAAUUGGAAGGUGGCAGUCAGUAUUGGAGUCACUUUCCUGGGAUCCUUGGGUCCUACUUAUUUUCAAUCAUCUGUGUGUUGGUGGCGAUUUUUGUGUUUCCCAUUUAUAUAAAAUCCAUCAUAAUAUGAACUUAUUAAGGACUCUGUCCAAAGAAUACUUUCUGCCAGUUGUAUUUUUGAGCUGUCUGUAGCCCGACUGCCCAGCCUGACACCUCACACAGAAGCUGUCACCAGGAACGGAGCAGAGACGCUGCAGAACCGUCAUGCUAUAUUCAGUUGGCAUAUUUCUGUGUGUUCAUUACCUACUGCUAUACCACAGAUUACCCCCAAACGUAGAAUUUAACACAAGAGUGAACAGUAAUUGUCUCUCAUGGUUGUUAUGGACCAGGAAUUCCUGAGUUCAGUUGAGCUGAGGUUGCAAGGAGUACACUGGGUGGGGCCUGUGGUCACCAGCUGGAGCAGUGUCAGCUACUCCCACAGCUGGCAGAUGGGGGCUGACUGUUAGUGGGAGGCCUCUUGUCUUAGCCCACGUGGGCCAUGCUACAGGAUGCUCAAGGAGUCCUCAGGAUGUGAUAGCUGGCUUGAGGAUGGUCUGAAAGAGUAAGAGGUAGAUGAUGUCAUUCUCUCUGUGUGGCCUGGCCACGGAAGUCCAGGUGCUGUCAUUUCUGCCAUAUUCUGGUGCUUAAAAAAGAAUUGCUAAAGCAUGUUCCAGUGGUGCAGGCUGUUAGCAAGUAGUACCCGAAGAGAAGAAUCAGACUCUUUCGUUUGUGUGUGUAUAGUCAUGUGUGUUCAUGUAUGUGCACAUAUAAACCAGAGGUCAACCUCCAGUGUCAUUUCUCAGAUACUGUCCACCUUUAGUGGUUUGUUGGUUUGUUUUCCUGUUUUUCUUUCUUGUUUUUUUGAAAGGGUCUCUCACUAGUGGCCUAGGGUUCAUCAGGUAGGCUAAGCUGGUUAGUUAGCAAGCCCAGGGACCUGUCUGUGUCUACUUCUGCAGACUUUAUGUUACAAGUCAUGCCACCACAUCCAGCCUUUUUAUGUGGGCUCUGGGGAUGGAACCCAGGUCUGGGUUCUGCAAAGCAAGCACUUCACCCACCACCUCCCCAGCCCUCACUUCUCACAUUGUAAAGAAUAUAUAAGCAUAUUAUAAACUAUCCUGCUCUGUAAUAAUACUGCUGUGAUAAAAAUUAAAAAGGAACAUUAUCUAUCAGUUCCUGAGAGCUCACUCCAGCUGACUCCGGCUGCUAACUCUGACACGCGGUCCACAAGCCACCCUCUCCCAGCUCUCUCCUGCAACAUAAGACCACCUCACAUCUGCACAUCCCUUAUAUUUAAUCCCCUAAAAAAUGUGGUGAGAUAGAUAUGGCUACCUUUAAUUUGUAAUAUACUGAUUUACUUAUGAAGUGCCACAGUGAGUAUGGAGGUCAGGGGCAGCUUAUGGAGGUUAGUCCUCUCGUUUUACUCUGUGGGCUCAGGUACCCAAGUUGGAUCAUCAGGCUUCAAGGAGGCCUUCUUGCCACUGAGCUGUUUUGCCAGCUCUGGCCCUUUCUAGAAGCUUAUUUUUAAUUUUAAAUCUAUGUGUAUGUUGGAGUGUGUGUCACACGUGUAGGUGGGCCUGAAAGGCAGGAAAAUCAGGUGUGCUUGCCUCCUGUGUCAGUGUAUUUGACACAGAAUGACUGGGAAACACACCCACCCUUGUAUAGCAGACUGUGGCAGAUUGUAAAGGGGGUGAACACUACCUCCUGUCCUGUGGGGCUUUCUUACCUGUCACUUACCUACUCCCAUUAAGAGGUAGCACUUUGGGGUUGGGGAUUUAGCUCAGUGGUAGAGCGCUUGCCUAGCGAGCACAAGGCCCUGGGUUCGAGCACAAGGCCCUGGGUUCGGUCCCCAGCUCCGGGGAAAAAAAAAAGAGGUAGCACUUUUAUCCCCUUUUCCCUGAAUCUGGCUAGGUGGCUGUGACUUUGAAAGUUUUUCUGUGUGUUUUCGCAGGGCCAAGCUAUAAAAAGGUAAUAUGGCCUCAAGCCUUGGCAAGAGUCAUCACGUUAUAAGAUACCCCAUGGAGGGUCCACAGGAAGUCACCGUGGCUGACAUCCCAGCUAAGUUUGAAUUGGUAGCCACCAUCUACCACUGAGAACAUUAGGGAAAACUCCAGCUUUGAUCUUUGUGUCCUGUUAGCUGAGGGUAUAAGUGAGUGUAUAAGUAGUUUAGAACAGAGCAAGCCACCUCUGCAGUGUCCUGCAUGAUCUGCAGGCUGUGGGCAUAAUAACAUGAUUGUUUUAUGCCACUACAUUGAGGGUAAUGUGCUAUGUAGCCAUAGUAACUGGAACCUCCCCAUAACUUGGCUGUCAGAGAAGGCCUCCUGGGGCAGAUUAUAAGUUAGAUUCAGGGCCUGUAGAUGUGAGCCAGGCACACAGGAAUGGGAAGAGGAUUCUGGUUUGGUGGCCUCAUAGCUCUCUAUGACAUGAGUUGUAAUAUUCCCAUCACUAAAAGCAGAAAGAAAAAAUUAUCACUAACCAUGAUAUUCCUAGAGAAUAUUCUGAUAUUCCUAGAGAAUAUUCUGAUAUUCCUAGAGAAUAUUCCAUUUGGUACAUAAGGAUUAUUUGAGCAAUUGUCUCAGUAAAACAUCCAUGGAAUGAGUUUGAUGGUGCCAUUCCUCUCAGGAGUAAAAGAUUCCAGUGUGCCCAGAGCUUCAAAGAGUGGGUUUGUAAUCUUCACUUUCUACUUGUGCACCAGAAGCAUAAGCCCAGUUUUCUGUUAUCCAACCCCUGGCUGGCUCUUCCUGGCACAGUCACCCUGGUGGUGUCCAUGAGGUUUUACCCCUUGGAACCAAAUGCCAGCCUCCUAGCAGGUUUUCACCUGGUCUUCCUGAACACCAGAAGAGUACAGAAGGCACUCUCUAGUCGGGGACUGAAGGCCUCAGGAAGUCUGGCCCUUUCCAAAGUUCCAGUGUCCUGAGGAACCAGGAAGUACAUCAGCCUAUAAAACACUUAGCACACUGUCCUAGCUGACACCAUUGUCCCCCUGUGAGCCUGGCUUACAAUUCUGUCUGUGCUCACAGCUUGCUGCUUUCAGCAGUAGCAUAGCUGUCUUCUGAGGGAAAAUGAGAAGGCUGACAGGGGCAGCUUUUUCCAUCGCUGUUUGGUUUUUAAGUCCUCAUUAAGUCUCAGUAAAGCAUGAAUGCGUUUACUCCUGGGAUCGUAAGUGAGAUUGGGGAUCAAUUGUGACAGCGGGGGGAUCUUUGUAGCAGAAGGGUAUAGGCAGCAGCGGUGGUGCUACACACGCUACUGAAACAUUCCUAAGCCCAGCGCCUGCUGGUGAAUGGGCUGCUUGUCCCAGAAUUCUGUAUUCCUAAGAGUUAGUCAUUCAUGUAUUCACCUACACAGAAGAAAGUGGCAAACGCCUUGUGUGCACCAAGCACUCAUGACAAAUGCCAGGAACUGGGUAAAAAAAAAAACCCUUAACCACCACCGAUGCCCCAGGAUACCAAGUGCAUGCUAAGAUGACAGCCAUUCAGAAUGGCAGCCUCACAAGUCUGCUCAGCAUUGUAAAGGAGAGAAAUACAGAUUUACAACAGAGCUACAUUGGCUGGGAUUUUUGCAGAGACUCUGGAAGUGCAGUCUGGCUGGAAUGGCUAGAAGUGAGACUUCAGGUUGGGACAGUGAACCUGAGAGCAUCUCUGAGGGAACAGCUAUUAUUUAGUAGCCCCCAGAGUCACCAGCUCUGUCCAUUUUCUGAGAGAAGCCGGAAAUCCGUAUUUUAUGUGAAAUUUCUCAAUAUUUAAACACUCUGCAGGCCAAACAAAACACAGCCACUGGUUUUGACCUCUGCUUUAUAAUAGAGAAUGCCUGCCUUUGUUCCUGGAAACUAAUGAAUGCUCAAUUAAGAGAAGGAAUUUGGAGGUUAGUGUAAGAUUGUGUUCUUCAAUGGGCUGCAGACCCCAUCCCAAACCCUUGAGAUACUAAUUGACAGGCUUGCCCAGGCUGACAGCCUGGCUCUGAAGUGGACACACACAAGGAAAUAGGAAAGCUAUUCCAGGUCACUCUGCAAGGUCAGGGCAGCAAUGCAAACACUAGGAAGGCUGAAAACACAGGUCAGGUGGCAGUAAGAAAAGCCCACAGUCCAGAUAGCUGUAGUUAAUAAAUCAUAUUGAAAAGGUAUCAGCAGCCUCUCUCUCCCUGGCAUUGCUCUGUGAGGUAGAAAAUUAAAUAGAAAUCAAACUGCAGAUGGCUGUCAGGAGCUUUUAGGGGACCAGCACACCAGUAUGAGGUCAACAUGGGAUGAAGUUUCUACCUGGAGCAAAGGUCUCCAAAAGGGCAAUGAUACACACUAUUGGGCAUCAGAGGGGGCUGGGUACCACAGUGCUUCCUCCCUCCUGUUUUUGGAGUUCACGUGCCCAUGUUCAGUUCAUCCAAGUACACCUGGGUCAAAGAGCCUUGGUCAAGGAACUUCUUUGGGCCAAAGAAACUUAAUCUCUGAAAUGGAAAUGAUAUUACUUACCCUAAAAGGGAGUUGUGAACUCCGUGUUAGCACGAUAGAGUCUGCCUAACACACAAGGCUUUGAAAGAUAUGCUCUUUACUUUUGGUGUACAUAACAGCACUUGUGUGCAGGGAGAGCCCAGGCUUCUCAGUGGCUCUCUGGAACUUCCUUCAGUGUCACUGAGACACCCAUCUGUGAACACUCGAUUGCAACCAUCACUGCAGAAGUAGUGCUGCAGCGUCUUAGUUCUGCCUGUCAACCCUGAAAGGGAUGUUGACCACAAGAGCCCAGGAUCAUCUCAGCAGUCUCACCAUCACCAUAUGGAGUGACACAUUGGUAGAAAAACUCCAGUAUCCACACCCUGCCCCACUGCUUUCAGCAUGGCCCCAGACCAGACUUCCCUGUGGGCCCACAAGGAAACAAACAUGGAGAAUCCCCAUCCUUCAAGGUGGUACACUUCCUUUGCACUUCACCAGAGUGAUUUUGGUACUGCAACCCUACUAUCAGCUUGCCUUCUCUCUACUGUUACAGAAAGGUCUUCAGAGCUUGUGCCAAAUGUGAAUUUGUGUUUGCUAAGAAAGGUGAGCGUCCUUCACACCCAUUUCUCUGAAGGAUGAGUACCCCUUUGGUAGGUUAUACCCAGGUAUCUUUUCAAUUGUCACACAGAACAGCCUUUUACAGAAUUGUAGAAGACACAUUUUUGUACUCAAGGAAAACCACCAAGACUACAGUUUCUGCUGCUAUAAGAGAAGCUCAGCAGCCCGAGAUAUUUGCAAAACAAAAGGCAAUCUUGUUUCUUCCCACCUGCAAUUAUAGUUUUACUGGCUUGUAAAGUGCACAUAGAAUUUGUGGUACAUUCUUGUCUUGCAGUAGGGGAGCGGUCCUGCUGUGAAUGUAAUUGGCUUUCUAGCUUCCUUUAACACUGAGGUGGAAAGGCCUGAAGGGCCUUUACCCUUAGAGUUUCUCCGUGCCGAAUUGUGUUUAAAUCCCAUACAUCUCCCUGAAUGCAUGGUUCUAUUAAGUCUUAGUUAGAAGUGGAAACAAGACUUGCCUCUGGAUAUAGCCCCUUCCCUGCCAUAUCUUGUCCCUUUGUAAAAGCCAAAUCUCUCCCAUUCCUUCUCUCCCCACCUGUCUCUUUAACUUAACUUACUGGUAGGGAUUAUUUUGAACCCUGUUAACCUCUGUUAAAGAUAUAUGAUAUCUGAGUGUGACAACUUUAUUCAGAGUAUAUCGUUUGGGUCACUUCCUCCCUUUUCCAGCCUCAGUUUUACACAGAAUCUCUUCCCAAGCCAAGGAACACUAGACACAUCUUGGACAGAAACUUUCUUACUUUUACUCCCAGCUCCUGCAUGUGCUAGUGAAAGGUUGAGCUACACAAUCUUUGGAGCUUCUUCUAUCUCCCAGGGACCUGGUUUUAAGCUUCCUGAGAAGUUACUGAAAUAGGGAAGCCACUUCACAUGUGUUUGUCCUCCAGGGCUUUGCAGCCAGGUUGCACAGAACAGCUACAGCAAGGAGCCAAAGGUGCCAGAGCAUGCCCAGGGAAAGGGCAAGACUGCCAUGUGCCAGAAGUCAGCUGUUUUAGCUUUUUGUCAAUAAGUAGCGAUUUUAAGUAUUGUUACAAGUAGAUUCUGAAGGACAGCUUGUAACAAUACAUUCAGUAGAUAAUCUUACAUUCUGUAGCAGGCUCUGAGAAAUGCAUUGUUAAGCAGUCCAUUGUUUUAAACAUCAUAGAGGAUACCUAGACAAACCUGUUUGGUACAGGUCAACCAGGCCUCAUAGCACCACCAAAAGAUGCUGAAGCUGACAGGACACAGCAAACUCUUUUUUUUUUUUCCCUCUUUUUUUCCGGAGCUGGGGACCGAACCCAGGGCCUUGCGCUUGCUAGGCAAGCGCUCUACCACUGAGCUAAAUCCCCAAUCCCGCAAACUCUUAUAGGAAACCCUUUCCCCCUCAAAAGUUUAAAAAAAAAAAAAAAAAGACUGUAUUCUAAUGAUUAAAAACGAUAAGAGUGGGGGUUGGGGAUUUAGCUCAGCUGUAGAGCGCUUGCCUAGCAAGCGCAAGGCCCUGGGUUCAGUCCCCAGCUCCGAAAAAAAAGAAAAGAAAAGAAAAGAAAAAAAAACCGAUAAGAGCAAUAUACAGACCAGUAACAGUUGUUUAUUAUCAAUAUCAACCACAAUGGACUGUCUUCAAUGUAUAUUGCUAUAGUGCCCUAUAUUGCAUAAAUUGGAGAUAUCUGUGUAACUGUGGUGAUACAUUUUGAGAAAUGUACCAUUUUCCUCAAGCAAAUGCAGAGUCCUUGUACAAAUAGAUGGCUAGCUCACAGGAGGUAGAAUCUUAGAGGGCUGCCAUUGUACAUUUCAUGCAUUGGUGACUGAAAUGUUUAAAUGACACAAGACUGCGGCAACUGUAUAUACACCUUAAAAAUAAGUCCUAUUUAUACCCCCUAAUCCUAUGGCAGUUAAACUAAUGUCCAACACUCAAACAUAGGCCAUUAAAAUAAUAUGACUUCUGGUGCAGUUAACUAGUGAAGGAGGAGUGGGUGUUUGCCUCAGGGUUAAAAGCAGAGAGCCAGGGGCCAUUUGCAGCUCUGGUGUAUAAAAGAGAGGCUACUUAGGAACUUGUGAUGCAAGGGACAGUAAAGCAAUGGAGUUAGAUUUUAAGGCUGGAGAAUACAGGAGAGCAAGAAGGGUGUGACCAGAGGUCAAGGGGACAGGGAGAAAGUAGGCAAGGCAGUCAGAGGUAAUAAAACUACUGCUCUUAGUUUCACAUUUCCUGCCUGCUGCCUUCAGAGACAGGUCAAUGUUCAUACAGCAAGAGGCAGGAGCCAGAGAAGCCAGGAUUCUCUGUCUUCUCAUACCAUCCCUGAGUUGCUAAGAUACAGUCCCACCAAAGGCAAGGGGCCUGUUCGUUUAAUUUUCCUUUCAUAGUUGGUCACAAGAGAACAGAAAGAAACAGUCCCCAAACCCCAUGACCCACAAGGACAGUAACAGUUUAUCCUUCACCAAGUCAUGUAAUAUCUCUGGUGCUUAAAAUCUUUGUGUGUAAAACGAGAAGGCUGUACUAAAUUAUUAGAUUAACAACAGCUCCUCUUUAUUAUGUGCUCAACAAAUGCCAUUUACUUUUAUGUUAGAGGAUUGACUUUAGGCCAGUCCUGUUUUGAAUCUACAUGGAUUAUCUCAUUUGAUCCUCAGAAGAGCCCUUUGAGAUAGGUACUAUUAUUAUCCAUGUUUUACCAAUGUAAUGAACUUACUCAAGGCCAUCCUGCUGGCAUGGAGGAGCUAGAAUUCAAACUCACACUCUCCUGCUCUAACAAACACUCUACGUUAUUUUCAGUUUCAAAUGUGAAAUGUUUCAAACGCUUCAAAACAUAAAGAAUGGCUACUGUCAGCUUCAUAAUUAACUCUGGCAGUUGAAAGAGUCCCUGAGUUGUAGAAAUGAGAACCACCACAUUGAACUGUUUCCUUCUAGCACCAAACCUUUUCCUUUGUAGUAGCAAACUGCUACCAAGAUCCUCUUGCUAGAGAAGCAAAGGCCUCCUCCACCAGGCUGGAGUGCCCUUGCCCUUUCCCUGGGUGAGGACAGGAACAAUGGGUCAAGGGAGAUAGAACUAGGCUUACAAACCCUCACUAGCUAAAGAGUGCCAGCCCCUACCCAGUGGUCAAGGAGACUCUGGACACAUUGUGAUCCUAUUGAUCAGGAUCACUUUCCUGCCCCAGGUCCCCUAAAUAGGCCUCAAGCCCCAGGAUUAUUAAUAGGUCAGUUGUAAACAGUACUGUUGUGGUCAGAUAUUCUCAUUCUGUCUGUACCAAGAAAACCCAGCAAUUCUAGAACCAAGCACCUGAGUCACUCACUGAAUACAUUGUAAUUUACAAGGAAAGCAGACUAAUUCUAUGUAUUUAAAAAGCUUCAGUUCUUAUUUUUCAAAAGUUUGGGGUUGUCACAUUUGGUAUUUACAACUUGUGUCAGGGUUUCCACUCCGUACUCCCUGUGUAUACAUUUUUAACUGACUGCUCUUUAAUUCCCUCCCCUUCAGUUGGUGGGAGUCAUUGGCAUAUGUCUGGAGUUCAGCUAGCGCCCCUCCCAGAGAGUGUGGUUAGAAAACCCAGCUCUUCUAGAUUGCCCAAAGGUUCCUUUUGGAGGGACCAAAAGCAAAGUCUCUGAUGCAGCUGACAUUUUUUAGGUGUGUAUACAAUUUACCAAAUUGUUGGCCACUUGGCUCUGAGUUGGUGGUCACAAAAGCAAUUAGCAGCCCUCCCCUUCUGUCCCCAAAAUAUGAAAUGGGAAGUGUGUUACUUGGCAUUGGCCCCGAGUCCUGCUGGCAUAGAGUCAAACAGCAGCACAAUGGUACAUUUGGCCACAAAAGGCUUUGGGAUGGCAAGAGGGGCCAAAAUAGUUGUGGCAUAAGUUGGCUAGAAUCUUAAGCAAAUCUGACUUUAAUUUAACAUAGAGAUAACACCCCCCACCCUCACCCAAUACUGGCUGCUACUUCCUCUGUCUCCGUGGGAUAAGAGAUGCAGCCAGGAGUUAGUUCACAGGGGCAUCUAUAUGUUUUCAAAGUAAGACACACAGUGGUCUUUACAUAGGCUUUCUCAUCUGCCUGGGCAAGAUGGACUAAGGAUAAAAAGACAUAGGGGUAACUGGGGAAAGCUGAAAAUGGAUCUUGAGGUUUGAAUUCCUUCUGUGAGUUUGCUUAAGCCACACUGCCUGAGCUUAGACUGGAGAGGCAGGCAGUCUGUCUCCUUGGGAUAAGGAAGGAUUUGGAACGCAGUGAAUGUGAGGUCUUGGCCCCACUGUGUUUUCUGGUUUGUUUUGUUAGCAGAAGCAAGUUAUUCUAGUUUCUUGCUUCUGGCUUUCCCCUCAGCACACUUUAAGCAAUGAGUCUCCACCCCGUUGAUGGCAAUGGGGUGGAUGGGAUGGGGUAAUGAAAGGGUGGACAGAGACAUUGAUUCAGCUUCCUAGGCUGAAGGAAGCAGGGAGAUUUCAGACCUCAGAGCUAGCUUCUCAGUCCAUCAAGCGUAGUGAGGGAAAGGGGAUCACAGGGCUGAAGUUGAAGCCUCAGAGAAACAACCAUGGCUAGAAGUUGUUAGCUGGGAAAAACCAGCUUUUGUCACUUGGAAAUAGCAGGAGAGAAGCUAUAUAGAAAGAAAACCAGUGCAGUCACCAACUAAAACUAAUUAGGAUACAUAAAAUGGUUGAAAUGGUACAUAUAUUUUACGUUACAUAUAUUUACCAUUCAGUAAGGAAAAGAACGCCUUCCCUUUAAAAAAAACCAAGCAUCUGCAAGCCCCUCAGGUAAGCGCUAACACUCCUUGACUGUGGGUUCUGGUUUAUAACCUUGAAUAUUUACUAAGUGCUUGUCACUAUGAUGAAGCAAGUUCAAAACAAGACACACAUUCUAGGUGAGCAAGCACUGAGAGAGCCCCCUGAGUCACAAGAAGAUGUGCUUAGGAAGGCACACCAGCCCCACAGACCCAGCAGGGUCUGUGGUUCACAGGGCAAAAGUGUAGAGAGUACAACUUGGUUGGUUUUUUGUGUGUAUGGGCAGAGGUAGGGUCUCACGUGUAGCCCUGGAUGUCCUGGAACUCACUAUGUAGACCAGGCUGGUCUAGAACUCAGAUAUCCACCUGGCUCUACCUCUCAAGUGCCAAGAUUUGGUGGUUCUUGACAAAGCUCCUGUUAGGGCUUCCCAGAAAAUGUCAUCUAAGUUACUCAGUUCUUUUAAAGCAAUCUCUAAGUGAAAGAGUCAGCCGAGAAUUCAAGUCUUUCUCUUGUCAUUCCUGGUUAUGCUACUGUGAAUAAUGCUUGGGCAGAAGGAAAUGCCCAAAAAAUACAGAGUAGAAUGAGUCACCUCCAGGAAGAAGGCAGAGAUGGAAAUGAACUCAGAGGGGCCAUUCGUUCCUUCCAGCUAUGCUAUUGUGUAUUUGUGAGUGGAACACUGUAAUUAAUUGCUGUUUUCUCUUUAGUACUACUUGGUCUUGAGUUCAAGUAAAUAGUUGGCUUUCAAGUAAAUCUUUAAAUAACCCUGGUGUGUGGGCUUGCUUCAGCAAGACUGCGGAGGGGCACUUUAGCAAGGUUGCUGAGGCCGUAGCGUCUGAAGUCGGGCAGCGUGAGAAUGUCAGCUGUGCCCCUCAGACAACCUCUAAGCCUAAGUAUGUUACUUAAACUUGCUACAGCUCAGUUUCCUUCCUGUAAAUCCUACCUCACUAGGGUGUGAGUUUAAGUGAGGUGCCCAUGUGUGUGGUGCUGAGUGGAAUGUUUAGCAAUACAGAGACUGCCCUUAGUGCUGUUAGUGGAAGUCCUCUCCGAUGUGAAAAAUGACCUCUUGGCCAGUAGCACUGUAAUGUUCCUUUAUCGUGGCCCAUCUGACCAGUUUCUUUCUUUGCUUAUGUUUCUUGUUCUGACCCCCAGUUAAGCUGUCCGUGAACAGCAAGAACAUGCUAAUGGUCACUAGAGAUUGUCUGAAGCGUUACACAGGAGAUAUCUAGGUACAUGGUUUUAUCUUCACUCUAUACCUCUUUUCCAGCACAACUCCAGUCUUUUCUAGUUCACUACACCCCACCCUACUCCCAUAUUUCUGUCCCUGACAUGGACAACAAUUUACCCCACAUGGCUGAUAAGGAAAGUAAGUAUUGAAUUUUAUUGCUAUGUUAGUAAAUAGUUAAAUGUCAUAAAAAUGCUUUCAGAUGGCCCAACAGAAACCAUUGGUACUACCACAGGGGAGGCUGAGUGAAAGCAACAGUUGGUCUCCUUGGUACACUUUUCCUAAAGAACACUAGUAUGAAGCAGAGUGUGAUGGCCCAAUAGAAAAUAAGCAAAGCAGAACUACAAACCAACAGUGUGAGCUAGACAUGGUAGCAUACGCCUGUCACCUCAGGACUCAGGAAGCUCAGGCAGGCGUUUGGAGAGGUCCUGGGAGAUCUCUCCCAGGAAAAAGUUCUAGAGCAGCUUGGCUUAUAAAUUAAGACUUCACCUCAAGAAACCAAGGGCCAUGGGCCACAUAGCUCAAUGGUCAAGUUCCUGUCUAUGACUGCCUAGCAUGCUUGAUCCUGGGUUUGAUCCCUAGCACCAGAAAAAGAAAAAUGAUAUUCAGUGAGGUGACAUUGCUAACAGCAUUGUGCCCUUAAUGAAGGAUUUUUCUGUUCUCAAAACUCAGUGUAUUCUUAGUGAUAAGUUUUUCUAUAUGUUGGUGUAUACAAAUAUGGAUAUGCAAAUUAUAGUUUUUAUUAUCAUGUAUUUAAAUAAAUGAUCUUUCCAAAAUUUGGAAAUUCUUGGUAACUCCAUUUUUUAUUUUAUUUACUUCAGAUACAUUCUUACUUGAUUGUAACUAUAUAUUUUAUAGGAUGCCCUAUGAUGUGUUCUCCUGAAAUCACCUUAUAUAAGAAUUGAGAUCACUAUACCAAACUGCAGUUCUUGUUUGUUUGAGAAAAGAUUGCUGUCUAACUCACUGGUGUCAGUUGUCCUGCAAAGACGAAAAAGUAAUGGCCUGGGAUGGGUAAAGGUGGGGGUGGAGAGAGGAAGGCAAGAAGGCAGCUUGGCCCCAAAUGGCUUUGGAACCCAAGAGAAGGGAGAACUGACUGCCCCAGACGUGUUAUUUUUCCUGUGGCUUCCACCCCCACCUCUUCCAGUCUGAGCUAUGAGUACAGUUGAAUUUUUCACCACAGAACUUGGCUAUGCUUCCUAAGGGACUCCCCCCCCCAUCUUUCCAUAAAUUAUAGGUUUGUACAUGAGAGCAGAACAGAUGAUUCUCAUUAUCUUUUGGGUUGGGUUCAUGUGUGUAUGUGUGUGUUUGAGAAACCUCCUGCUGUCCACUCUUAAAUGUAUAUAGAAACUCAAAGCUGGAAAAUUUUUGUUAACAGGAGAGCCUGAUGACCAAUGAAUUAGACUUUCCUUCUCAACAGGAUGAUUUUAACUUGACUUAUGUCAACUUCAGGAAACUGGAAGCCAGGCUCUAUUUACUCACAGCCCUGAUGUUAGAUACAGUACCUGACAGACACCCUGUGUUGAAGCCUCUUUAUGUGUAUCUGCUGAUUUGUCAUUUGACAUUUCAAAAAUACAUUUUACUUCCAUAAAUAACCAAUUCAGAUCACUGAAAUAAUGGGACAAGUCUAAAGUGUUAACUAACCCCAGGAUAUAGAAACCACUUAUAAGUAGUUAUAUAACUUAUAAGGCUAGAGCCACUGUAUAGUAGUUACUCUUUUUGCUGCCAUGAUAAAACACCAUGACCAAAAGUGACUUAUAGAAAAGAGGAUUUUAUUUUAGCUUACAGAUCCAUAGAGGGUCCAUACUGGUGAAGCAUGGCAAGUAGGCACAGGGAACUGAGAGAUCACAUCUUUAGUCACACAUAGGAAGCAGAGAGAGAGUGAACUAGAAGUGAAGCGAAGCUGUAAGCUCAGUCCUUUCUAAGUCACAUGCUUCUUCCGACAAGAUUUCACCUCCCUAAGAUUCCAAACAGUACCACCAAAUAGACACCAAGUGUCCAGAUAUGAAAGCCUAUAAGUGUAUUUCUCAUUCAAAGAGCCACACACUGCUAAUGGUUAAGCAUAGAGAACUCCUAUGUGGGCACUCCUUUUGCUUAGGUACCCAGUCUAGGUGCAACAUAAUGUCAGGUCAGGGAAAAGAAUGAACUGUGAUACACUGGGACUUAUUCCCUGUUGGAAUCCUAAAAUAUUCAGGUUAAGAUUCUUGAAGAAAAAGGUCCUCAGGGAACAGCACAAAGAAAAUGAGAAAAUGUGGCCUACACAGGAGCAGAAUAUAUUUUACUUCAGGAUCUGAUCACUUUGUCAUUCACAGGCAUAAUGGAAUUAGAGUGAGGGAAAUACUUGAAAAAGUACUCAUGACAGAAUAUGAGGAAGAAGAAAAGCAAAAAAGGGCAGGUAACAUAUUUAAAGAAGCAGAGUUAAUAUUGUGUAUUCAUUUCGAAAGAAAAGUUGAGGGAUUUGCAGAAAGAGCAAGCAAGGAUGGACACAUCGUCUAUUCCCAGAAGAGACAUAACAUUCUGGACUGUAGAAGCAGACUUCAAAAUGGAGGGAGAGCUGAAGUGAACGAGAGGCUGGAAGAAGAGUUAGCCAUGAGCAGAGAAAGGGCAGAUACUGUGGGAAGCAUGCUAGAGAGAUGGGAAACUGGCUGAGGAACACAGUCUUAUAAUCUAGGACCUUCUGAAUGAGACUGCCAUCAAGGUACCCCCAAAACUGGCCUAGAAAGUGCUAUAAAUUCCCAACUACAACCUUGUCUUGGAGUCUAAUGAGUCACAUAUGUAUUUGUCUGCUGUCUCCUGCCCUAACCUUGACCAAGUCCUACUGAAUUAAUACCCUCUCUUUCUACUGGACUGCCUUGGCAACUCUUUUGUUCUUGCUGUACUAAAAAUAGUUCCAGGGACAAAAGGGAUGAGAUACAUGAAAGGCAACAGCUUAGGAUAUGUUAAUAUAAGUCUUUCUUGUUCAGGACCAACUAAUCCAUCUUCGGAGCCCCUAGAACUCAUGCUUUUUGAUGUUGGCAUUUUAUUCAAUGAUUUAUUGAUGGCUGACCCUUUUACUGUAUUUCAUAAUUUGAAUUCAAAUUUAACACAUGUAGUCACUCUGAGGAUUAAAUCCUAUGUUAUUUCUGUUGUUUACUCUAAAUAGACAGGAUAUUGAUUGCAUAAUUAAAAAGUUAAUGUUCUUAGCCUUGUUUACCUAAGAGUGACUUAAAGCUAAGAUUCUGAUGUGUGGUAUGAUGUCUUUUUGUGUGUCAAACUAUAUAAUGUUUGUCAGGUACAUGAGGCAUGGCAGGAACUUAAACACAAAAUGCAUAUAGUAAGUCACUUUAAAUAUAUGUGUAAUGUGUUGUUCUGUUUUAAUUUGAGCAAAAUGCUUCUUGUCAUUCUAGAGUGAUAUGCUUUUUCUAAAAAUGUUCUCUUCGUGCCUGACAGAGUCUAGCAUAACCUUGACUUAGUGUUUCCAAAAUGUGGGAUAAUAAGAAUAAUUUGAUUUGUGCCAAUGACCAUUGGAAGAGUCCAUUGGAUUCUAUUGUUACUCUUGUUCUAGAGAUGAAAACCUUGCCAGGGAGGCUUGCUCUAGAUCACCAGUCAGUACAUUCAAAGUUCAGGAUUUAGGUUCAGGAAGGCUGUCGCCAACAGCACUCUUGGCUUCUAAGUGAGCAGGGGGCGCCUCUGGUUCCACAGACUGUUGGCCACAGUGACAUGAGUUAUUACAGUCAUUUUAUGUAUGGAUUAAAAUACUUUAUGGGAAAAGAAGGUGUCCUUUCAUUCCUCUCUAUUCUUCAGGUUAAGUUGGGUUUCAUUCUGGUCCUGCUAGGAUUUGAAUCUUUGAUAGUUAAUGUCUCCUUUUCAACAGAGUUGAUGUUAGCAGUGAGGCCAGCAAAUAGAGAGGUGCUCAGGCGCUCGCAGGGUCAGCUUGACUUCAUGGCUUUUGACUUAAGAUAUUCACAGAAUACUUUAUUUUAAAUAAAUGUAUUUAGAGUGCCCAAAUUGUUUAAUUUAAACAAAGUUUUGAAUAAACCACAUACAUGGAAUGCAGCUGUGACACGGUGACCAUUUAUUUUCAUAUGAUUGAAGUUUUAGAAACACUGUCAUUAUCAGGCAUUUUGAAACUCACUCUAGUAUAAUGACUUUAGCUUUCAAUGGCUUUUAACCUGUAAGUUACUUUCUUUCUUUCCCUCUGUUGGAAUCCCGUGUGCUUCUAUCAAAGAAGUUCCCGCAGGCUGGAGAGAUAGCUCAGUUGAUAAAGGGCAUUGCAAGCCCGGGAACCUAGGAUCAGUCCCUGAACCCACCAGGCAUGGUAGAACCCCUGUUCUAGGGAACAGAAACAGAAGGAUUCUGCUGUGUCCUGCCCAGGCAAUGUAGCUGAAUCAGUAAGCCCUAGGUACUGGUAUGAAAUCUUAUCUCAGAAAAGAAGAUUGGUGGCUCCCGAGGAGUGACACCCAGGAUUGUCCUCUGAUCACACACAAGUGCAAACACAUUUAUGCUCACCUGCACAUGUGCAUCUGCACAUACACACAUGUACAUACAAAGACUCCCAAUGUUCCUCUGUGGACUUGGUGUUUUCACCAGAUCUUAAUAAUGUCACACCCAUAAAGAGGUCAGUUUUAAACACUUCUUUUUCAUGAACUAACUCCAUUCCUACAUUCUUUGUAAAAUGACAGUGAUAACAGAUGAUAGAUUUUAGUGCGUUGUUAGAAUCUUUUAUGUGGCAAAAUAAACACUUGAAAAUUAUUUUUUUAAGGGAAGCCAAUCUCGAAAACACAGACUCUGAGGGUCUUUCCUGUCACUCUGUAUUUACAGUAGAGUCCUUCUCGGUUGCCUAGCAGGCUUAAGUACCUCAGGAACAGUGAUGUGGGUUUAUGCCAAGCUUUACUUCUAAAGCACAGUCAGGCAUCUUCUUCAGGGAUGUUAUUAAAAAGGCCUCUGCUUGCGACACUCUUGUGUCUGUCCCCUAUGUUUAUAGUUUUGCUUUCCAAAAUAGCUAUUCUGUCCUUCAGUAUCCAUGAGUGAUUACCUCCUACUAUUUCAGAUAGGUAUCAGCUACCUCAUUUUAGAGCUGUUCCCUUGGCUUAUAGUUUGUUCAGUACCUAUCUUACACAGGCCUACCACCAAAACUCUCAGUCCUCACUACAUUGAUGAAUGUCUACAAAGUGUACUGUUAGACACUUACUCUCAAAUGGCUUGGUUCUCAUCUUCCCUUAAUGUAGGAGAUAGCUCUGGCAACCUGAAUUUGUUGGCUUUUUUAUCUCCAGAGUCUUUGGUGAUAAUUUAGUUUUCCAGUGCUCUUGCUAGACCACCAUCCAAUCCAGCUCUUAUGGCUGGGUCGAAAUGAAAAAUCCACCAUUAGCCUCUGAUAUUGCAGUGUUCAGUCUUAUACAGUCAGAAUAGACUUAAGGUCAGAGGCAAAAGCUCUCUGGAGUUCUUUCCAUUCUGACUUGGGCCAGCCAUGGCUUUGGAAAACAGUUACAAAACAAGACUUGGACUCCACAUUCCUGUCUCAGUCACUUUCCCAGGGGAAGACGACGACAUGACCUUCUGCCUGGCACAAGGUGUGUACCAAAGCCUGUGAUGGUGAAGUCACAGAUGUGAACGCUCUCAAGUUGAGAAUGUAUACAUCAUUGCGAGUAAGCGUGCCAAGCUGGUGUAACAGGUACCAAGACAUGGAUAUGGGUCUGCCUUUUAGUCUUAAAAAAAAUCUAUCAGUGGAAAAUAAUUUUUGUUAUUUGAUUACAGCUGUAUAGUUAGCCAACUCCUACUGCGAUGGCCCAGGCCUUCUAUAAUAUUUUAGAGAAAUAAGAAAAGAAAAGAAAACAAGAGUGCAUUUCUGACUGUUUGAGAGCCAGGCUUCUGUCACUAAGCAAUGAAGUAGCUCAAAUAGCCUUGCAUAAGUGGGAAUUUGUGGUUUCUAAAGCCGCCCAUUCCCCCAAACGACGAAAAUAUGCUGUUGGCAUUUGGCUGUUCCUAUGUUUUGCUCUCCUUAAGUUUCUUUUUAAAGGGGUUUGAGUUUAAAGGCACAACCACUGAAAAAUGCAAUUUAAUCAGAGAACUGUGAAAGGCUAAGCCCAGAGUUAACCCCAGGAUGCUCUGGGCUGUUUUGUUAAACCAAAGCUUGGAAUAAACCUUGGUCCCAGGGUAUGCUAGCAAGCUAGAAGGAAGUGGAGAGUUAGGCCAGGGACACAGGGGAUGGGCCAGCUUGGCUGUGAGUGCCACUUACUUAAGCCCUUCCCACUGGGAGGCCAAGCAGCUGAUUUACACUGGGAAGAACAAGAGAAAGGCAAGGGGAGUCAGUAACAGGAUAGGAGGGUGACUAGGUGGGAGUACUGUCACCCACACUGCUGUGCAUCCCCAGAGAGAACUCCAAAGGCCUCCCUAGUCCCAGUUCACUCUAUGAACAGCCUUGGGUUUACCUGACCAGAAAGAUAUGUGAUGGCAGGAGUUUGGAAUUGUGAUUGAUCGCUAGAGAUCAAUCUUUUAGGGAGCUUAGCAGAGAGGUUCACAGCCCAGCCAUUUCUAGACCUGAAAUGGAAUGCUAAUAUGAUAAUGAUGACGAGGACAUAGGAAAUCAUCUGCCUGGCAGGACAGCUACCCCUAUACUUGAGAGUUUUUGGCCCAGCACCAUAGUCAACAAAUAGAUAUACAUACCAACUGCUUCUUUUCUGUGUGCAUAGAGACCAUGGCUCAUUCUCCAAAGUAUAUCAGUGUUUACUCUGUUUUUUUUAAUUUAAUUAAAUAAUCCUCAGAAAUGCUGGUUAUUUGGAAUGCUUAUAUAAGAUUCCAUUGCUACAGUUGACUUAAUUUUCUCUCUGCCUUUUUUUACUGGCUAUUAAAGGUUUUCAGUUUUUUCUUAUUAUAAAGAAUAUACUCUGAUAUAUAUAUAUAUAUAUAUAUAUAUAAUUGUGCAAGAACAUUUAUUUUUUAAUAAUAAGAUAAAAUUAGAUUAAUUACUGAAGAAAUGUGAACUUUUCCAAGUACCCGGAAUAUAGUUAUAAGCCCUUUGUGUCACUAGAGCAUUAACUAAUGUCAUUUUUAAAAACAUAAAUCCAGUCAUUUCAUGGGGAGAAUGGUGUCUCGUUGUUUGGCCUUGCAUGCUUAUUUUCUGUUACAUAUAAAGCUAAUUUUUAUAUGUUUAUUACCAUAUAUAUAUUUUUAAAAACCUGAUAGCUUGUGCCUAGUAGGAGCAGGCUGUAUAUUUUCAGUUAGCUUAUAUAUUAACAUGACCACAUAUAUGGUAUUUUCCCUGUUUUUGUCAUUUGCCAUUAGAUCCUACCUUCCCCUUAGUUUUUGGAGACAGGGGUUUCUCUGUGUGUAGCCCUGACUGUCCUAGCACGUACUUGUAGACCAAGCUGGCCUCGAAUUCGUAGAGAUCCACCUGCCUCUGACUCCUGACUCCUGCUGGGAUUAAAGGCCUUUACCAUCACUGCCCAACUGCCCAUUUUUCUUUUUAUGACAAGUCAGUUUAAAUCAGGACUGUCCAGCAAGAACAUUGUUAGCCAUUCAUGAUCUGAAUUUGUUGUAUGAAUUAAAUUAUGAUAUACACUAAAAGCCAUGAGACAUUUGUUGUAUAAUAAAUAAGUGGAAUUACUCAUUGGUAGCCUUUUUAAAAUAAGCUAUUAUUAGGUCCGCCCUUUCUCCCUUCUUAAUUCCAGCGAAGAUCAUUUUUGUUCCAGGGAUGUACUUUCUGGGAUUCUAUUCCAUCAGGGCAUCCUCUCCCCAGGUGAUGCCUUUGCUCUUGUUGGCAUCUGGGUAAGAGAAUGCAGCAGCCUGUCCUGUCUUCUCCCAGACCCUGGAGGUAUGGUGCAGUCUCAUGCUUGCCUCCCUUCCACAGUAUGGCCCUGGGCCCUUAGAUUUUUUAAUGUGAUAGUUUUAGCUAAACAAGCGUUUUACCCUUUACAUGUUCAGAUCUGUAUAUUUUUCUCCUUUUAUAAUUUCUUCUAUGGCCUUCAGCCUGUAGAAUCCUUCCCCUUUCUCAGAGAAACAUCCACCUCCAUUUUCUUGCCCUUAGGUAGUUCAUCAGAGCCAAACGUGAGCUCAGGGCUGUGUGCUGGCUGGUGUGUGCAGGACUCAGCGCCACCUCCAGACUGCAGUUUCUCAGAAUGUGUUUCGUAUGUUUAGUAAUUUAGUGCAUGUUUGGAAAUCAUCUUAAUUAUUGAUAUGAAAUAAGGCUACAUCUUCCCCUUUUUCCCCAAUGGGUAAAUUACUUCUGUCUUGUUUUCAAUAACCCAUCUUUCCUGUGGUGACUUGAUAAAUGUACCAUGCUCCUUUGAGUAUUUGAGCAGUCACUCGUGUUCCUUAAUAACAAUUUCGAUGCCAGCAUCAAUCAUUUACACCUUACAUGUUGCAUUCCUGUAGCACAUGUCUGUCCUCAUCUGUCUUCACAAUGGCUGUACUUAUGCCUUUAACGUACCUUCCGCUCUUUGAUAAACUCUGGUGAUCACUGCAUCAACCCAGUUUUAAAUUAUUUUUAAGGAUUGCACUUUAUGUUGAAUUUUUUUAACAUUUUAAGCAGUUAAAAUUAUUUAUGUGGGACUUGAGAAAGCACAUAUAUAGUUUACUUAGAUGACUAUUAAGUUAAAGAAUUAAUUUUGUAGUCUUCAGUAAGACUGAGUGGAAACAACCAAAUGCUCCAGAACAUCCCAGGCAGCGCUUACAGAGUGGGGCACAGUCUGCAGAGCUGAGGCUUAAAGGCUGCACACUCACGUACCCAACUUCGUCUCUACGAGGAGCUGAACAUGCCCCACAUGUUAAAUGUUUGUGUGCUUUUUACACUACAUAAUCACCAAGAAUGCCAACCAUCCCAGUGCUAGAAUGUUUUUCCAGAUCAAUUCAGAAGUUGCCUGUGCUGGCCUUUCUGGCUACCCACAAAAUUUACCCAAUGUUGUCUUGCUAUGCAGAGAGCUGACAAGCACAUCUCCCAGGAGUCAUGAAGCAUAUAUCCCCUGGAAGUCCUCCUGAGCUGCUUGUGGUGCUCCCCUGGCAGCAGCUUCUCCAUCUUCCUCCUAUUCAGACCCUUAAACCAGAAUGCCCACUGUUCAGUGACUUCCCAUUGGUUUGGAUAGGACUGUAAUUCAAAUGUUUGGAUCCGAAGCCUGCCCUAGGAAUGUUUUUGCAACGUUCAGUUUUAGGUUUUAAUGCAAAGGCUAAAUGUGCUUAGACAAGCCUAAAAUUGAAGUGAUGCAGAAGCCAUUUCUCCUCCCAUGACAUGUCAUCCUUUAGAACUGUGGAAGGCAUCAGAGCUAAAGGAGACAUACUGGGGGCCAAAGUCAAGUAUGCUCCAGAUAUAAGGUGACACUUGAGCCAAGCGUGAGGGUCUGUGUCUUAAGGGAAUUGUGGUUGAAAUGGAAAAAACAAAAACAAAAACAAAAACAAAAAACAAGCAUUGAGGUCAGACGGGCCUGAAGAGAACUGCAGCUUGACGCAAGCUGAAGGUCCCUGAUCACUCCAGUCAGUUCACUUGUAUGUAAAACACAAUAAUACUGAUUUGGAAAAGUUGCAGUAAGAAUGAGAAAUAAAUAUAGAAAGCGUCCAGAAGCUAUAUUCGAUAAUAGCAGUGAAUGGUAGUUUUGAGGAUUGGACUUGACUAGGGAAUAAGAAGCAGGCAGGAGAGAGCAGAAAAUGGGCAUGGUGAGAGAACACUGUACACAAGUGUGGGCAAAUAGCCGUGCUCAGCUUAAAAGCAAGCUAAGGAGGAUAACCCUCAUCCUGCAGGGACUGAAGAAACUUCAGGGACAGAUGCCAGCUUUAGAAAGACACAAGGCUUAGGGAGGGCUUAAGCUCUGAGAUUCAAGCUUUUUACACUUCCAAGUUGGGUAAGCUAUUAAUGGUCCCCAUUGACCUGCCAGUGUUUUAGGUGUCUCACAUGCGUUAUCUGAAGAGGGAAAUGAGUUCAAAUGAGGCAGUGACUAUCGGAACUAACAGUUGGAUACUGUGUGAGGGUGAUGGUGAGAGAGUGCUGCUAAUGCUAUCGUUAUUUGUAUCAUCUGGUCCAGUCUGGGGUUUGUUAAGAUCAGAGAGGUUAGAGUGAUGACUGGAAUGAAGGCUGAGCAAACAAGUAGGAAAGUUCUACCUGCGUGGUUUAAGACUCCCUUACGAUUUCUACAUUUGCACUGGGAGGAGUUUGUCUAGUGUUUAUAAGACCCCAGGAUCCUUCCCAGCACUGUCAUAUGUAAUAUACUCUGAUACGCACGCACGCACGCACGCACGCACGCACGCACACAGAGGUUUUAAAUAGAGAGAACUCUGAACUCCUUCCCCUAGUUUAUCUUAACUGGUGUGCACCUGCUUGAAAUUUCACUUGCGCUCUCGUCGCUAUGGAGAGUGCACUAUGGAAAACCAAGUGGUAUCCCUUUUCACUUAUGCAUGCUUACGGAGGCAAGGGCUAAAACCUCCUCAUCAGAUUCUCCUGGUCUGUAUUUCUCCCUCAUUAGAACUGCUAGCCCUUCUUCUGGCCUGAGGUGACAAGGUACUUAAGGGGUGUAUGAUCCAGAGGACAUUAGGAGUUACCCCUGAUGGCACAGUCUACCCUGGACCUGCUAGGAGAUUGCCUGGGUCCUGGUUUCCUUUUCUAGGACUCUUUCCCCUUGAGAGUUUACUGAAGCUCUGAACAUGGCUCACUUGGGCAUGGCAUUCAACAUGCCUUUCUCUUUGAACCUAAUCUUAUCUUUAAUUGUCCUCCUGUUGUAAAACCCUAGUUUCCAUUUCUUUCUGGAGGCCAAGGCUAGGGUGGGUCACUUGUUACGCUGACUUUUUCUUGGAUUGACAUUGAAGUAGGAGUAAAAUCAUUGAAUUGGAAAAAUACUUCCUCUGUGCAGUUGCCCCAGGAGUGGGAAGUGAAGACCUCAGAGUACAAGGAGAACUUAGUUUGAAAUCUAACAAUACUGUCUCUCUGCCUUUUAAAGCUGAUCAUUAUUAUAAAUAAACAACAAAACCAAUAAAACCACCAUGCAAAACUGCUGCAGUUUACCUAGCCAACCAUGUUAGCAAAGCUACAAAGGUACAGGCAGAGGAUGAAGCCAGGGAGAGCCAGGGAGAGCCAGGGAGAGCCAGGGAGAGGAGGUCUGCUUUAACAGGGCUGCAAGGGAAAACCUCAGCCACCACCAGCUAGAUCAUAGCUGGAAGAGAAUAUCAAAAAUGUUCCAGUGAAUUCUUAGAAAACACAGUAUUCAUCCUCACUGAUUGCCUACUAACUCCCAGUCUAGUAUUGAAAGAGAUAAGAUUAAAUGUGCAGAAUUAAGUGAUAAUUAUAUAAACAAAACCGACCUUGAAUUGCCUGGCAUUAGAUAUGGUUGUUGGCUCUGCACCUAUCGUAUAAAUUAUUCGAGUUGAGUGGGCAGUGUUACCUUCCAAGCCUGAAGAACUGAAGCAGGGAACAUUCUGAGGAGGCUGCCAGGUCUCCCUGGAUACGAGCAUCAAGUCUGCUGUGGGCAAGACAGGUUCACUGAUAGGAGCUUGUUAAAUGUUGUUAGGAGCAAAUAUAAGCAUAGGCUAUACAGAACCAAAACAGAGGCAAGUUUUCCAUAUUUUAAUACAAAUAUACAUAUCCAAAUUGCAUAUAUUACUGAACUAGACUCUGAACCACAGCAUUAUGUUUUAAAAUCCAGCUUUUCUUACAGCCCAUCCUCCCUGAGCAGCUUUUGUUAACUAUCGGCAAUUUGUGUCUUUCUGGGCAAUUCUAUACUUCCUACCAAGGCUGGUUUUUAAAAGUGGAAUCACAGUGUGCUAUCUUCUGAGGCUUCUGUCUUCCUCUCAGCAGCCUAGCAGUGGGCACUGAGCAUCUGCGGCGUUUGGGCACAUGUGCACGUCCAGUACUAGUAAAGGUUUGUCUCGUUCUCCCCAAUUGGCUGCAUGCUAUGUCAGAUCAGCUAGGUAACUUAAUCUGUGUGCACUUGUUGUCACUGCUGUAAGGAUACUUGCUGGUAUGAGCACUCUACACUUUCUAGAACACUAUGAUAACUUCAGUUUCAUUUUUUCAUUGUGAGGUAGAACAUCUUUUUAUGUCGUCACUGUUACCUAUUAAACUUAUAUUUAAUUAAAUUAUUGGUCCUUUUCUUGUCAAUUUAGAAAAACCUUUGUAUAAUGUGGAAAUUGGCUUGUUUCAUGUAAAUAAAUAUUUUCUUGGGUUUUGUCAUUUAAUUUUAUAAAUGAUAUAUUAGUUUUUUAUUUCAUAUAUUAAGAUUCUUCACUUUUGUAGCUUUUCAAAGUAAAAAGUACUUAUUCUACAUGAAUAUUUCCUUGAAUACAUUUUUAAAUUUUUACAAUACUUUUAUGGCUUUCUUUUUGUAUUUAAAGCUUCAGUUUAUUGGGAAUUACAAUUUUAUAAGUCUAGUAAUUCAGCUUUGUUUUUGCCAUUGAUCACUACCCAGGUGCGACAGCAUCAUGUGUUGGUUAAUUUACCUGUCCCCACUUUAUUGUGCACUGAAUUUAUUGUGCACAGAUAUCUGUGUCCCUAUCCUGGGUCUUGAGAGGCCUGGGUACAGACACCAUCAACAAGCCAGGCACUUCUGGAGAAACAGAAUGUAUGGGAAUCCUCAAUGUGGUGAGUGGUGUUUACAGCCUGUUGUCACCUUAGACUGAGACUUAAAAACCACCAACAGCCUCAGACAACGGCAUGGACAUAGAGAGAGCAUCAGUCCAGUUUAUGUUUGGGGCUUGUCUUUCUUCAUCAGUGACCUAGAGAUUUAUUAGAUCACAGCCUUCUAGCCAGGAACUCACUUUAAUUUCUCAUUUAAUCCGGGCAUUGCGGGUCCCAUAAAAGCAGCUAAGUAAUAAUAAUGUUAAGUGCUUACACUGUGCUUUCCAUCCCCAAAGUGCUAUCUAAACACUGACUAAUUAAAUGCCUUGAUGAAAGGAGCUGCGGAGGAGACCCCGUAUCUGGUUGCACACCUGUGAGGGGCCGGUCCUGAAAGGGCCUGCUUCUCUCUGAAUGGCACUCAGUGAGCAGGAGAAUAAAAAAGCUGCUGACAUUAUUUCACUUCUGUUGAAAAUUUCCUAGGGUAUCUUCUAAUUAGCCCUGUUAAACUCACCUUUUAUCUGUCUCCCCAGAUAUUCCCUUUCUACAUUCCUGGGGCUAUUCAACUGGUCCCUUUUGAUGUUUCCCCCCAUGGUUAAUCACAAAAUCAUAGACUCUUCAAAUGAAGGGGGGAUCCUUGUUGAUCACUUAGUUUUGAAUGAUUUAGCACAAUUACUCUGUUUUGUACAAGAGGAAACUGAGGCAUGGAAAAGAACAUACCCUAAGAAAAGUCUUUCAGAUCUAUGGGGACAUCCCUGGGAACAGAAACCAAGAUUGCUAAGUCCCAUUUUGAGUCCGAGCCUCUUUCUCCUUUCUCUCUGUGAAAUGUCUGUGUUACAUUUCUGGUUUCUUGACAUUUCGGCUCAGUCUCUGCUCACCCUCCCCGCCCUGUCACUUCUUUUCUUUCCACAUCUGUCUCUCCUGACUCUUUCAGCUCUUCUUUAUGUGAUCAGGUAAAGUUGAUGCUGUCUUUCUUCUCUCUCCCUUUCAGUAGAGAAUCUUAAAAGCUUCUUAUUGUCCCCGACUCUUAGUCCGUUCUGGAAACUCCAGUGUCCAGUUUCCCUAUAUUAGUUGUGUUUUCCCUAUACUAGUUGUGUGGGAUUAUCUUUAUAUUGAAAAUCCUCAAAAAUAUGUGACUUUUUAAGAGAAUUUUUUGUGGGGUUGGGGAUUUAGCUCAGUGGUAGAGCACUUGCCUAACAAGCACAAGGCCCUGGGUUCGGUCCCCAGCUCUGAAAAAAAAAGAAAGAGAGAGAGAGAGAGAGAGAGAAUUUUUGUGUUGUUGUUCCCUUAGCCAAAGGUAGAUCACGUACAGAUCAAAACUAUUAGUGCAGCCUAGCAGGCGUGGUGGUAUAGGUUUAAUCCCAGUGGAGGCAGGUGGAUUUCCUUGAGCUCAAAGCCAGCCUAGUUUAUAUAGUGAGUUCCAGGCCAGUGAACUAGAUAUAAUAAUAACAACAACUACAACAAUGCAUGAAUGAAUGAAUGAAUGAAUGAAUGCAUGCAUGAAAGCCUGGGCCUCCUGGGUUACAUUUCCUGCUUUUACACGGAAGGCAAAUAGGUACAUAGUGACCUCAGAGUGCCUGCCUAGUCAGAACCUGGCCUGGCCUCUGACCACUUCCUAGUUUGAAGCACACUUAAGAGAGGAAGCCAGAACUGACACUGGGAAGCUGGUGGUUGCUUCCUUUCUUUGGGUCAUAAUUUUUCAUUUAUUAAAUAAAUAAGGUGAAUUUAACUAUUUGGAUCUCUUCUCACUAUUUAAUAAGGCAAUAAUGCUGGACCAAAGUGACUAGUAGGAAAUUAAAUCAGAUUUACCUCAGUAACUCACUAGAGAGUAGAUUCUGCUGGUCAUCCUUGAGGAUUUCCUGGAACUGUCCCAGUUUUAAAUAUUUAUAGCUAUUUUCCGUACAUAUAAUAUGGAGACUACUUAGCCUUCUAGGCUUCGGUAUUGGAGCUCAUAGCUGUCCUUAUUCUGCAAGAGCUUCAUUCAUUCUCAGAGUGCAUGGCUUGACUGCCCUGGACACAGUACAUAAAACUGUGAAAUAGGCCCUGUCCCGUUACUAGUAUUUUUUCAUCUGGGGUUUGUCUUGACCAUUCUAAACAAUGGGAGAAAAUGAGAUUAAAUCCUUUUGUCUUUUAUUCUUUAAGACUCCAGCAGGAAGCAAACUGAGGGGAGUAAUUAUGAACACUCACAAAUCUACCCAAUGACAUUAAGCCGCAUCAAAUUAUCACAAUUUCCAAAGUCUUAAUAGAAACCGUCACACUUAGGAGAGGAUCAGAUAAGAACUCUGGUGGUGUCAUAAUCCCCCUCAGUACAAUGACUGAUGAGCCAACUCAGUCCUGGUGUGCAGUCCUGGCGUGCAGUCCUACCGGGAGGAAGCAGGGUGGGGCUGGUCAGAGAAAAGGAGUUUCGUUCAUCAACACCACCAGCUCUGAGCCUGAAGGAGGGACUCAAAGGUGAAUUACAGAAGAGGAGAGGUUUUUCCCAACUUCGUGAAGCAGGAAUCCCCAUACAGUUCGGUGGUGUGCUUCUCUGCUUUCGAGGGGGUGUGAGUAGCAUUUAGAAUGAGAGUACAGAAUGCUUCCAUUGUGAGUCAGAUUGUCAAGCUUGGGUAGAGCUCUCCAUGCUGUUUUGUGUUUUGUUUUGAAACAAGGUCUCACUCUGUAGCUCAGGCUGGCCUCCUGCAUUCUUGCGUCCUCCCUCAGCCUCCAGUGUUGGAACUGUAGACAGUCACACUGACUCAGCUGGCCUGGGUCACUAGGCACCUCUCUGUGUGCCUAUAAAUGCUGAGAAAUGGCACACGUUUACAAAAUACGAUUGUUUGAGGUCGUCUAGCCAAGAGAAUACAAGUUGAAUUACAGUAGAAGCUGGGUUGUAGCACAUGACAGGUUUCAUUGAGCCUGCUUGGUUUUGGUGGAUCUGCUCAAUAUGAACUGGAUCUUGUGAGUAGGCUUUUAGGGUAGGAUCGUUUUUGUCCAGGGCAGCAGUCCUCUUUAUCACAAAGUUCCCAACAGUUGUCAGAAUCUCAGUGUUGUAUAACAGCCAAGGAAUGCUUGCUUUGAUAGGGGUGAUGAAUCAGAAGAAAAGCAGUAGUGGAAAGAGCCUUUUUCCUGUGCGACUUCUUCUUGUCCUUCUCUUUUCCUGGUCUGUUACGAGUGCCUCCUCCCCCAUCCCUGUGGAUCAUGAACUUCAUAAUGGUGCUCUGAGGGUAAACAACAUAAAAGAGUGGUAGUGUCCUUCCUCCAAUCCCGCAGUCGCUAUUGGCUGCAGACCUUGAACAUGACACUGCAGUUUCCUGGAGCCACACAUGAGCAGUAAGCAGCGGUUUCUGAAACUGUGGUCUGGAGAAGGCAGCACCAGGUUAUUUUUUAACUUAAUUGUAAUUUUUGAUUGGUCUGCAAGAAAGUAAAUCAAAUAAAGGCUGUUGUCUUAGUCUGCAGAAAGCCUUAGGCCUCAAAUUCCAACGCUGACCAUCUUGACCAGAAUAGAAGAGGGGAGUGUGUGGAUCCCAGAUUGGAAGUUCAGCCAGUCAGCCUUCAUGGGCUGCUCUUGCACCCAGAGAGUAAGCAUACUUGAUAUUCUUCUCAGAUGACUGAGUCAUGUAAAGUGAGAUUUGACAGUCUCUCGAGUUAUGAGAAUACUUGAGAUGAUUUAAGUGAAUUUUUAAAAGGGAAGUCUAGUUGUCAGCUUGAUAUUACAUUUUGUUCUUGUCCAACAGCACAAUAAAAUGAUAUAAUUUUAAAUCCCA